AUGCCUCCCCAGAUUCCCCUCCUCGACGAGCAGGAGUUUGACCAACCUCCUCUCCUCGGCGGCGUCCCAAACCACGACCUCAACUUUGGCAAUAACCCGUUCUAUUACUUCACCUCGUCGCCAUGGUUCGAGCCAAUGUGCAUCAACGUCUCCGUCUUGAACAACCUAGCCCUCGACCCCGAUGGCCAGAAGACAAUGAACGAUCGGAAACUAUGGGACGAGAGGCUACGCCGAGAAAGGGACGGAGUGCAGUUUAUGAUUGCGGGGGAGCCGCAGGGCCCAGGACAGCCGUGGGUGCUGCAGCGCCAGAAUAAAGUGCCGAAUGCCGAAGACAACAAGAAGAUUGACACCCAUGUCGAGGGGAACUGGUAUUUCCAGGGAACGCGGGUCCUCAUGGCGCCAAGUCUGCUGGAUGUGGUGCAGAGCCGACUGCUCUCCGUCUCAACACGCAUGCAACAAAUGGCCGAGAUAUCCAAGAAUAUGACGCACUGGAGCCCCGCAACAGGCUAUUCGUACUUCCCUCCCUCGUACGAAGCUGCAAAAGCAGCAACGACGACGGCGAGUCGCAUUGGCAGUCCGACGCUGGCGCCCACAGAUCCCGAUGCUGAGCCAAGUCAGUCACAAGGUGUAGGAACCACAGCACAAGCAGCAGAUCCAACUGCGUCGACGACUGAGUUCUCAGAUGCACUAUUCAUGCAGUCGUUACAGUUGACAAAUGCGUAUGGCGAUGAAUUCAUGGACGAGAACGCAUUGAAGGGCGAGCCUGGCGCUUUCGUCUUCGAGAACACAAGGACAGCUGUCGAUGCAAGGAAUAAAGCCCAAGAGCAAGCUGCUGCUCAAGCGUCACAACCCGCACCGUCCGCUGCGCAUGUGAAGACAGAUACGCAGCCUGUGAGUGUAGCGCCCUCAGCAGGAGGGACGCCAAAGGGAGCCGCAACACCAGCUGCGCUCGAAGCGCGGAGUAGAAAGGGCAGCAUUGCGCCUGGGCCAAAGAAGAGCAAGAAGGAAAGGGGAAAGAGUCAAGGAGGGCUGGUAAGCCCGACUACGCCAAGUGUGCCAUGA